UUCCAGGAUGCCCAACUGGGGAGGCGGCAAGAAGUGCGGGGUCUGCCAGAAGACGGUGUACUUCGCGGAGGAGGUGCAGUGCGAGGGCAGCAGCUUCCACAAGUCCUGCUUCCUGUGCAUGGUCUGCCGGAAGAGCCUGGACAGCACGACGGUGGCCGUGCACGGCGAGGAGAUCUACUGCAAGUCCUGCUACGGCAAGAAGUACGGGCCCAAGGGCUACGGUUACGGGCAGGGCGCCGGCACGCUCAGCACCGACAAGGGGCAGUCGCUGGGCAUCCGGCACGAGGAGGCCCCUGGCCACAGGCCCACCACCAACCCCAACGCGUCCAAGUUCGCCCAGAAGAUCGGCAGCUCCGAGCUCUCCCGCUGUGGCCAGGCGGUCUACGCCGCCGAGAAGGUGAUCGGAGCUGGGAAGUCCUGGCAUAAGUCCUGCUUCCGGUGCGCCAAGUGCGGCAAAGGCCUGGAGUCCACCACCCUGGCCGACAAGGACGGCGAGAUUUACUGCAAAGGAUGCUACGCUAAAAACUUCGGGCCCAAGGGCUUUGGCUUCGGGCAAGGAGCAGGGGCCCUGGUCCACUCUGAGUGAGGCCAGCCUGCCCGCCGCCCACCCAUGAGCUGUCUUCACUGCCCCCUUCCUGCAGCCCCAGCCACCUGGUCCCCUCUUCCCAGCCCUGCUGCACAUCACUAGUGAACAGAACGCGAUGUCUGACCCUCUGGCUUGGGGGCUGCCCUAGGUUCCCUCCUUUCAGGGGCCCCCCUGCCUGGGGUCUGCCACUGUCACCAGCAGGCACCCCAGCAGUUUCAGUUUGGGGGGACAGCUGAACCCACCCCCACCCCACACCCACCUGCCAGACCUCCAUUCUUAGCCUCCUGGUCUGAGCAUCCACCGUUGUCUGGCUGUGACUGCAGCCGGCCGGGAGGCUGCGGUUUGUCAACUGCAGAGCCUCUGCCCUGCAGGGAAGGGGCUGGGCCUCUGGGCAUCCCUCCGCACAGGCCUGGGGAGCCCCCAAGCUCAGGGGUGCCUGGGCAGGGGCGGGGACAGAGAGGCAUGAGACAGGGCGGAGGGCUGAGGGCAUGGCCUUCCGGCUGUGGGAGCUGCCAUCCUUCCCUUGGGGCCGGAGAACGCCCGGCCCUGAGAACCACAGUCAGCGUGUGGCCUCAGCUCCCCACGGGAGGGGCGCCCCUGUGACGCACCCCAACACACGCUUCCGUUUCUCAGAGGCCCAGAUGGGGGGCUCGAUGGGUCUGCCCCUCCCCGGGGUCCUGAGGCGGCCACGACCACUGCUCCUGUCCCCACACACCCAGGCCAGUGAGCCGCGCCACCACUGCUUGAGCCCAACUCGGAGGCUCACAGCCUCGGUCUCCCGGACACCCCCUGCCCUGCACCCAGACCUGGGGCCUCCCACCCCACGUGGGGCUUCGACCCUCCCACCUGCCCUUCCCCAGGGCCACGCACCCUCCCAGGACCCCAGGUCAGCAGCAGGAGCAGGAGCAGGGGGCAGUGGCCGCGCUGCCAGGGACAGACAAGGACACUAUAUGGGACUGUGGCCUGGGAGGGCUGCGGGCUGGAGCUGCCUGUGUUCGAGCGGACCCCUCACCUGGUCAAUAAACGCUGUUAGAGCAGA